UUGAGGUUAUGGCAAUAAAAAUAUAAACACGUGCAAAAUAAAAUCAGUGUAGAAUUUUAGUUUUACAAAAAAUGGAUAUUGUAAAGGAAAUUCUCGAAAGAGAGCAACAAGAACAAGCAAAGUAUAAACCAAUUGUUGUUGAGAAGUUGCUGGAAGUGCAGAAUGAUCUGGGAUUGCUUCUGUGUACGGAUGCAAAUGAUCUGGAUGAGGAGAAGCUAAAGUCAGGCUGUGAUGAAUACCUGCUGAAUUUGACGAGGGACAAUACGCAGCUUCUGCUGAAUGAUCUGUGGCAGCAACCCACGGAGACUGUUGAGGAGUCCAUUCUGGCGAAACUUCCUGCCCCGAAUCACAUUCUCCCACGCGAGAGGAAGAUCCCCGAACCAAAAACACUGACUAAAUGGCAAAAGUUUGCCCAGGAAAAGGGGAUCAAGAAGAAGCCACGAAUGAAGAAAGUCUUUGAUCAGGAUUUGGAUAAAUGGGUUCCAACGUAUGGAUUUAAACGAGCAGAUGCUGAGAAAAAUCGUGAGUGGGUUCUGGAAGUCCCCGGGAAUGCUGAUCCGAUGGAAGAUCAAUUCCAGAAGAAGAAAGAUCUGCGGAAGGAGAGGGUGGCUAAGAAUGAAAUUCAGCGAAUGAAAAACAUCGCGAGGGCACAGAAGAUUAAAGUUCCCCGAGUUGGGAUCCCCAAUUCAGACGUUGCCUCAUCGAAGGAGCUCAUCACAGCAGCCACUGUGGCGAAAGCAUCAACAGCUUCCGUUGGGAAAUUCCAAGAUAAAUUGACAAAGGAUAAGAAAGCUCGUGGAUUGGGUGUUAAGGAACUCAUCCCAGGGGCCAAACGCAAAGCUUCCCAUCUUGGGUCGGAGAAGAAAAUGAAUACAGAAGUGCUGGAGAGUGUGCUCAAUAAACGACCAAAGUUGGACAUUGAAAAGGCAAUUUCUCUGCAGAAACGUGACGACAGGGAAAGAAGAGAGACAGAAGAUACAGAAUCAGCGCAGGGAGGGAGGAAAAAGAAGGGCGGAAAAGUGGGGAAAUCAUCCAAAUCCAAGUCUAAAGGUGUGAAGAAGCCCAAAGGUGGCAAAGGUCAGAGGAAUCCAAAUAAGCGAACACUUGGACGGAAGAGACGCUGAAUUUUAUCUCAUAAGUGAGAUAUCUUUUGCUGUACGACUACAGAAUAAAUAAAUAUAUUUUUACCACAA